CCGCCCCGGGAGGAGUUACCGGAAACUAACUUUCCCGGGGACAAUGUGGCGAGCCUGUCCUCCCCAAGAGCCAGUCAGAAACAGUUUGGUAGAUGACGCUAAGGCCCGCUUAAGAAAACAUGACGUUGGGACCAAAUAUUCUCACUUGUUGUCUAACAAAUGUUCCAUCCUUUUACCGUUGUUGGUUAAAGAAGGAAAACUCUACCUGUUGUUCACCCUCCGGUCAGAGAAGCUGAGAAGGUCACCCGGAGAGGUCUGCUUUCCUGGAGGCAAGUACGAACCUACAGAUGCGGAUGACGUGGCCACGGCUCUCCGGGAAGCCCAGGAGGAAGUGGGGCUGCAUCCUCAUCAAGUGGAGGUCGUCUGCCGCCUGGUGCCAGUGCUGUUUGAUAGAGAUACAUUGAUAACCCCUGUUGUAGGAUUUAUAGACUCCAACUUCCAGGCCAAGCCUAACCCCGAUGAAGUUAAGAAUGUGUUCCUGGUGCCUCUGGAAUAUUUCCUGCAUCCCAGCGUCUACCAGCAGAGUCACCUGACACGCUCUGGUCAUCAUAUUAUUAUCCACUGCUUUGAGUACACGAACCCUGAAGACGGUGUGACUUAUCAUAUCCGUGGAAUGACUGCAAAAUGUGCCUUGUUUGUUGCCUUAAUUAUUUUGGGAAAAAAACCCUCCUUUGAGGUUGAAUUUAAUCUCAACGAUCUGAUGUCAUCCUCUGAAGAGUCUUUACUGAAGCUUCAUAAACAUGCUACAAGCAAGUUAUGAUUUAUGAGACCAACACCCAGAUAACUCUCUAAGCGGUGUUUGUGUGGGCUUAUCCACAGAACAACAAUAAUGCCAGCUGUUGGAAUUUGACAGGUGUGAAUAUGUUUCCCGCAAUAUGAAGGUAAAAACCUUGCCUUUUUUCCAGUUCCCCUCUAUUAUCUGAAAAAGCAAAAGUCUUUCAAAAGUAGAAAAAUGGGGACUUCCCUGGUGGUGCAGUGGAUAAGACUCCACACUCCCAAUGCAGGGGGCCCAGGUUCGAUCCCUGGUCAGGGAACUAGAUCCCACAUGCAUGACGCAACUAAGA